AUGCAGCAUCCACUAGCAAAACCUAAUAUUAUAACUGAAAUGCAGCUUCCACUAGCAAAACCUAUUAUUAUAACUGAAAUGCAGUUUCCACUAUCAAAACCUAUUAUUAUAACUGAAAUGCAGCUUCCACUAUCAAAACCUAAUAUUAUAACUGAAAUGCAGCUUCCACUAUCAAAACCUAUUAUUAUAACUGAAAUGCAGUUUCCACUAUCAAAACCUAAUAUUACAACUGAAAUGCAGCUUCCACUAUCAAAACCUAAUAUUAUAACUGAAAUGCAGCUUCCACUAUCAAAACCUAAUAUUAUAACUGAAAUGCAGUUUCCACUAGCAAAACCUAAUAUUAUAACUGAAAUGCAGCUUCCACUAUCAAAACCUAUUAUUAUAACUGAAAUGCAGUUUCCACUAUCAAAACCUAAUAUUACAACUGAAAUGCAGCUUCCACUAUCAAAACCUAAUAUUAUAACUGAAAUGCAGCUUCCACUAUCAAAACCAAAUAUUUUAACUGAAAUGCAGCUUCCACUAUCAAAACCUAAUAUUAUAACUAUUACAAACUUUGUCUUAUACCUUGACUGCAAUAGCCACCAUUCGUGUGUUAUGGACUCUAAAUUGAUACAUCUGGUAUCCUGUAUAUACAAUCCCCAAAUAUUUCAACAAAUUUAUUCCUCAUAA